AUUGCAUGUGCCCCUGCUGCCUUCUUCAUGCCUUCUAAGCAUUCCACCACCACCUUUUUUUUUGCCAUUACACAGAGAGAGAUUGCCGAAGAAACGAACAAAUUCAUCAAGUUAGAGAGAGAAAAAGAGAGAUUAUAAACAAAGGAAACAGUCAAGUUAGAGAGAGGGUAGGUUAUAGAAGAUCAUACCUAUAGAAGAAACGAAUCAAUCCAUCAAACUUUUCAUGUCUUAGGCCAUGGCUUCAUCUGAUAAACCAGUGGAAAAGAUCGAAACAGAAGAAGAGAAUGGUGGUUUCCUUGAAAAAGUGAAGGAUCUCAUCCUUGACAUUGGAGAGAAGAUCGAAGAAGCAGUCGGUUUUGGAAAACCCACUGCUGAUGUCUCUGCAAUCCACAUUCCAUCAAUCAAUAUGGAGAGAGCUGAUCUUAUAGUCGACCUUCUUGUAACAAACCCUAACCCAAUUCCGAUCCCAUUAGUUGACAUAAACUACGUCAUCGAAAGCAAUGGUCGAAAGCUUCUCUCAGGUUUGAUCCCUGAUACUGGCACUAUCCAUGCCCAUGGAUCUGAGAUCGUAAAAGUUCCUCUAACCCUAAUUUACCAUGACAUUAAGAAGACUUACGGAGACAUCAAACCAGGGAGUGUAAUUCCCUAUAAAAUUAAGGUCGAGCUUAUGAUAGAUGUACCAGUUAUGGGGAGGAUCACUUUGCCAAUGGAGAAAAAUGGGGAAAUUCCGAUACCUUACAAACCUGAUAUCGAUUUAGAGAAGAUUCAAUUUGGUAGCUUCUCAUUUGAAGAAACAAGUGCCACUCUUCAUUUGAAAUUGGAGAACAAGAAUGAUUUUGAAUUGGGUCUAAACUCAUUGGAUUAUGAGGUUUGGUUGGCAGGGGAAAGUAUUGGUGGAGCAAAGGUUUCGAAGUCGGUUAAGAUUGAUAAAAAUGGUUUUGGGGUUGUUGAGCUUCCUCUAACUUUCAGGCCUAAGGAUUUUGGAUCUGCACUUUGGGAUAUGAUAAGGGGAAGGGGAACUGGCUAUUCCAUGAAAGGGAACAUCGAUGUGAACACUCCAUUUGGGCCUAUGAAUCUGCCUAUUGGCAAGGAAGGAGGGAACACUCGGAUUAAGAAGGGCGAAGAGGAUGAUGAUGAGGACUGAACACUAUAUUAUGAGGAAACAGGCCUCGGCUCCUUCGGUGGUUUACAUUGCACUAAUUUCUGUGGAUUAUAUUUGUUAUACUCGUUGUUGCAUAUUGUUCUUAUAUAUCUUUGGUUAACUGUGUUUUGCGCUUUUA